AUGCUGCGAAAAGCCGCCCUUUCUCGACUUAGCACUCGACUGGCCACCUAUGACGCCGAUUUGACCGUCAUCGGCGGUGGUCCUGGUGGCUACGUUGCUGCCAUCAAGGCCGCACAGCUCGGCUUCAAAACCGUCUGCGUCGAGAAGGGCGAUACUCUCGGUGGCACCUGCUUGAACGUUGGCUGCAUCCCCUCGAAAUCGCUCUUGCAAAACUCGCACUUCUACCACAUGGCCCACAAGGACUUCAAAUCCCGAGGUAUCGAGGUCAGCGGCGUCAAGCUCAACCUCGAGCAGGUUAUGAAGGCCAAGGAUGGCUCCGUCAAGGCCCUUACCGGCGGUAUUGCUCAUCUCUUCAAGAAGAAUGGUGUCACCCAUGUUACUGGUCACGGCAAGCUCGAGGGACCAAACAAGGUCACUGCUUCUCGCGCUGAUGGCUCUACCGAUACCAUCAACACCAAGUACACCCUCCUCGCUACUGGCUCUGAUGUCACUCCAUUCCCCGGCGGUGGAAUCAAGAUCGACGAAGAAACCAUUGUAUCUUCCACCGGAGCUCUCUCUCUCUCCAAGGUCCCCGAGCGAAUGGUCGUUAUUGGCGGUGGUGUCAUUGGUCUUGAACUUGGUUCUGUCUGGAGCCGAUUCGGAUCCAAGGUCACUGCUGUUGAGUUUCUCGGGUCUAUCGGUGGUGUCGGAAUCGACGGUGAAGUCUCCAAGAACUUCCAGCGAUCCCUCCAGAAGCAGGGCAUGAAAUUCAAGCUCAACACCAAGGUCACCGGAGCUGAGAAGCAGGCUGACGGUAGCUACAAGGUCCAGCUUGAGUCUGCCAAGGGUGGCAAGACUGAAACCAUCGAUGCUGAUGUCAUUCUUGUUUGCGUCGGCCGACGACCUUACACCGAAGGCCUUGGCUUGGAAACCGUUGGUAUCGAAGUCAACAAGCAGGGACAGAUCCCAGUUGAUGACAACUUCCAGACCUCUUGCCCAUCUGUUUACUCAAUCGGUGAUUGCAUCCGAGGUGCUAUGUUGGCCCACAAGGCUGAAGAUGAAGGUAUUAUCUGCGUCGAGCAUCUUGCUGGCAAAGAUGUCCACAUCGACUACAACUGCAUUCCCUCUGUUAUCUACACCCACCCCGAAGUCGCCUGGGUUGGCAAGACUGAAGAAGACCUCAAGGCCGAAGGCGUCUCCUACAAGAUCGGAAGCUUCCCCUUUAUGGCCAACUCCCGCGCAAAGACUGUCAACGACUCCGAAGGUUUUGUCAAAAUUCUCUCCGACAGCGCCACCGACAAGAUCCUCGGUGUUCACAUUAUCGGGCCCAUUGCUGGUGAGAUGAUUGCUGAAGGUGUCCUGGCGAUGGAAUAUGGCGCUACUGCUGAGGAUGUUGCCCGAGUUUGCCACGCUCAUCCAACUAUGUCCGAAGCAUUCAAGGAAGCUGCCGGUUCCGCCGCUUUUGGAAAGCCAAUCAACUUCUAA